UCCUUUCCGCAUCACUUAUACCUACUCUACUACUACACUGCAUACCAUCCGAUCUGGCUGCAUAGCGCAUACCGUACGCAACUUACUUACCGUCCACUCACCUUCCCUCCUCGGUCAACAAUCCCGAACAAUGGCGGACACGCCCAAGUCCGGCCAGUCGGAGGAGCACCAGGCAAAGCCCGUCGUCGACGAGGCCGGCCUCAAAUCGGCGGGAACUACCCCACCCCGGCGCCGAUCCCGCAAGAUCCUCUACAUCGCCAUCGCCGCCGCCGUCGUCGUCGUCCUCGGUCUCGCCCUCGGCCUCGGCCUAGGUCUCGGUCUCAAGGACCACGGCGGCCGCGACGAAAACGAGCCCUCCACCCCGAGUCCCUCCGAACCACCCGUCACCCCCAACGGCACAGUCUGGCAACCCCCCGUCGGCGCCAAAUGGCAAAUCAUCCUCAACUCGGUCCUCGACGUGCCCUCCGCCAACGCCAAGACGUCACCGGCUUUAAGUCCUGACGUGCCCGUCUGGGACUUUGACAUGUUUCUCCACCGCAACACCACCGUCAUCGCCAACCUGCACUCCCUCGGCAAGCGCGCCAUCUGCUACUUCUCCGCCGGCUCCUACGAGCCCUACACGCCCGACAACACGUCCUUCGUCGCCGCCGACCUGGGAAAAACCAUGGACGGCUGGCCCGACGAGAAGUGGCUCGACAUCCGCCGCACCUCGGUCCGCAACAUCAUGCUCAAGCGCCUCGACAUCGCAGCCGCCAUGAAAUGCGACGCCGUCGACCCGGACAACGUGGACGGUUACCAAAACGCCAACGGCCUGGGCCUGACCAAGCAAGACACGAUUGACUUUGUUCGGUUCCUAGGCAAGGAGGCCUCCAAGCGCGGAUUGGCCAUGGGUCUGAAAAACGCUGGCGAGGUCAUUGAGGAUGUCCUGGACGUGGUGCAGUUUUCGGUCAAUGAGCAGUGCGCGCAGUAUAACGAGUGUGAUACCUUUGAAAAGUUCACGGCGGCGGGUAAGCCGGUGUUUCAUAUCGAGUACCCUAGUGGUGCGCCAAAGUCGGUCAAGACGCAGGAUAGCAGGAAGCUGUGCGGCGCGACGGGCGCGGAUAAGUUCAGUACUGUGUUGAAGGGCAUGGAUCUGGAUGCGUGGGUGGAGUACUGCGAUGGAAACGUGGCGGAGACCAAAGUUGCGAAUACCUCCUCUGAUGAUGGAGAUGAUGGGUCGGAUGAUGAGUGAUGGAUUAAUGAUGUCUUCUUGGUGAGAUGAAUCGUUGCAUGAACUGCUUGCCUUACCUUGUUACAUUUACUAUCUACUUGUAUGGUACUGGGAUUUCCCAUGGAGUGGUGGGCCUUUGCAUCGGGAAAAAAAAAAAAGGACCGUCGCACU